GAGAAGAUCGCAAAUGCCACUUCCUUCCGAAAUUGUGUGAUCCUCGCCCUUCCACUCGUGUCCUCGUACUUGAGUGGCAGAGCGGGGCAUAUAGUUCGUGGAAUCUCACUUCUUUAGUGGACGCUUGCUCCGUUCUUGUCUCGGCGGGACACGUAUGUUGUCUGUUUUGGCGAAGGAAUCGGUCCGGCUGGUGACGUCAAGACAAGGCCGUGUGGACGUGCAGGCCUGCACACUUUCAUGGCGGCGGCGAAGGAUCAUCGCAUCAAUAUGGUUGUCGAUGUAGAUAUGGUCUUCGAUACAUGCCGUCGUGUUACCCGCAGAUAGAGGGCUUCGUAAUUGUGCAUGGAUACGAAACUGCUGUUCGUUUAUCACUUAAGUCGAACGCUCUUGCACGACUGAGACAGGUUACAGUCAAUGUUUCAUCGGCGAAGUACGCAGGACUAGAAUUAACGUGAUGUCUUUGGUCAAGGUGGAAGGACGUACGUGUAAAUAAAGAAAGGCGGAAGAAUGGCAAUCAAUAACGUUGACUUAACCCCCACAGUCAUGUUUGUAAACGCGAAGGCGAAAGUUGAGAAGGCGUUUUGAGCGAAGGCUGAUAUCAGCUGUAUGUUUACGGCUGAUAAGGAAUGCCCCUCGCCCUUUCGGCCUCACACUCUUCUCGUUCUUAAUGCUCUUGAAUAGGGCAACUCGACAGAAACGCUCCAAAUGGCUUCUUGCCACUAGGUCUGGACAAGACGAAAUGAGCUGACUAGGUUGAGAUGCGUCCAAACACUCGGAAUUGAAGUCCCUGAAAGCCCCCUUCCCCAAUUUCUGUUGUUGCCCAUGAGACCUUGUUGAUGAUUUCUGGGAUGAGAAGUAUCCGCGGAUUUCCGUGUUUUUUUCCGUCGGAAGUAUAAUUUUCGUGAAUCGUGCAGAUCCGUUGAGAAUAUUGUUUUUAGAUGGGGGGCUAGUGGCUGGCAGUAGUAUUGCGACAACAUACGCCUUAUUUUCGGCAGCAUUUUGGCGCUACUUUCGUCACAUCAUUUGCCUACUCAUUUGCCUAAUUAGCAAAAGUUUUCGCCCGCAUGGCGAAAGUUUUAGAGAAAAAAGAUUAGGAUCGUGCCAGGGAAGUAGACAAGUCGAACGGGAUCAAUAACUGCUUUAGAUGGGCAUGACUCGAGAGCCACGUCAUCUUACAACUCGGAACACAGUCCUUAACCACCUGCCUGCCAGAACAUAUCCGUAAAUUAGAUGUCCCGGGGAAGGUUUUCUGCGUUCUUUGUCACGCGGCGCUCGCACAUCGGAAAAAAAAACACAAAGGAUGCCCACAGCAGGCAGCAAGAUCAAGCAGUGCCAACUGGCUCAGGAUCAGCUGGAGAAGGCCAUCGAAGCCGUGCUGAAGACCGAGCAGCAGUUGAGGGAUAACAGCAGAGAGGUGCGCUGGCAGCUGCAGAGCUGCGUGAGUCGCCAGCAGGAGGCGCUACGCUGCAGGGAGCUGUGGCUCCUGGGCCAGAUCGAGCUGCUUGAACACGUUAAGGCCGAAACGCUCCAGCAGCAAUUGCAUCAACUCCACCGGAUGCACGGGCAAUUAGACGCCAUCUCCCAGCAGCUGCGGAGCGCCAACGGGAGCGGCGCUGACCUCAGCAGCCAGCUGACCAGCUGCAUGGACAAGUUGUCUUGCCUGAGUCUGAUGCCAGAGGAGACCCCCGAGAUGACCUUCACGGCCGAUUCUCGCUCCCUGAGGGAUGCCAUCACCUCCUUUGGCAGCAUCAGCGCCCAGGUGUUGCAGGGCGGGGCCGUGGGGUACCGGCUGCCCGAAGGCGAUCCUUCUCCCAGACACGGACUCAAAGACAAAGCUUCCUGUCCCGCCCCGGCAUCGGUGGAUUUCCUCAAGACCUGGGGUCAGCUGCGAGACCUGGAGGCAUGGCUGCUCCAGGACCGGAAGGCUGGCGGCCAGCAGCGCGACCUCAGCAGCGGCGGCGCCGCUGACUCGAGGGGCGACAACCUGAGCCGAUGGUUGACGGCCCAUUGCGCCGCCGCUGCCGAGUCGGACGGGGAGCAUCAGAGGUUGCUCUUGAAGCCGUUUUCCGAAUGCCGUCCAUGGGAAGACUGGCUGGCGGGCCCUAGCUGUUCCUCCUGCUGCCGCCAGAGUAUUCAAGCGCUGGAGAUCGAAAACCUGGGCCAGCUCAAGUGCCUCAAGACUCCGCCGGCCACCGCUGAGUCCUCCGCCGCCACACCCAGCCUCGAGGCAUGGCUUCAUCAGCUGGCACCGCUGGCGCAGAUGUGUCGCGCCAACGAGCCGUGCUCCAGUUAUUCAGAGUGCGUUUGUGACGAGAAUUGCGGCAAAGAAGCCCUCAACGCUUGGCUGCUGCGAUCCGGCGCUCAAGACAAGAACGGCGUCUCUGUAUCUGCUGACAAGAAUUUUCCGCCGCCUCUGCAGCACAGACGGCAAGAAGAGAAGGUUCAGGCCAUCCUGGAGGCGUGGCUGCACCCAUCCAACCCUCCGUCGUCACCGUCCUGCGGCAAUCUCUCUUCAUCCUUGCUCCAGAGGCCUGUUGAUGCGCAGUCAUGGAUGCUUCCGGAAAAGUGGGCGGCAGCUCAGCAAGAUGACAAAUGGCUCCUGAGAAAGAAGUGCCAGGAAGGCGUGACCUUCCCCUUCGUCUCUGACACAUCCUCCGGGGAGAAAUGGCUUCACCAAGCGCCCCCCCCGGUUCAGAUUUGAUUGAGAUGCGGAGGAGGAUGGCCUUCACUUCAAAUCCUAUGACAUCUGAGAAUUCCAAUCAGGACGUCAAUUGAAUUUUUGUUUUUCAGCAUGGAAAAAUGCUGACUUAUUUGAACGCAAAUAUUUUUGCAUUGCAUUCAGCGUUUGUUCUAAUACUUUUCCUCUAGCAUCUCACUUUCUUAAGGUGAAAUUGACCUAUUUCUGCAGACAGAAACAUUUUAAUGUAAAAUCAACAGACUUUUAUUUUACUCGCCUAGAUGCCUUGUGCUUACGUGUGUUUCAUCAGUGCUCUUGUGUGGAUUGUCCCUUACCCUAAUAAAACCUGUUGCCACCCUU